AUGUCGUCCAGUCGAAGAUCCGUCGACCAGAAGAGCGUCUCAUCGGAAGAUGCGAAGAUCGCCUCCAACCCGACUUCAACAGUAUUCGGCUACGCAGACUUUGUUUUUUCGUCGAACAAACGUUCUACCGGGGCAGAACUCUUCGCGAGCCUUGUCUGGCGCACAAGGCAUGACCUUACUGAAGCAUCGCGACUUUAUCUGUCCCCGACGGUCAGCAAUUUUUUGGAAUCAUGGCCUGAUAGAAAGGCUUGGAUCGAUAAGGUUCUUUCCAAUACUCGCGUGGCACUGAUUGAUAUUGGAACCUGCAUCGAGUCUGUCCGCAGCAACCGGGACGAUGACGGGAUAUCGAGGAUGAAGCGCAAGUUUGAUUAUACGCUGAGCCACCAGAAGCGCAUUGCUCAUAGACAACAAACAUUGGCCAACACACAUCAGGUCUUACUGGGAGCGAUCCAGGUCAUGCAAACCGUGGAGCAAUGCGCUGGCUUGGGAGGAUCUGUACCGGACCCCAUCUUCGAAGCCCCUGUUCGUCCCUGGCUUCGAUCUGACAGCGAGAUCGUUCGUGCGCCUUACUCACGGCGGAAAAGUUCUAGGAAUCUUUCUGCUUUGAGUGUUGCAUCUUCAGAGUUGAGUGACAAGUACGAAAUGGGGCGUACUGAAGUCUUGCCAGCUGAGCUACACGGGAGUAUGCCAGGCGAUCUUAUGAAUACGAGCGUUCUAGAUGUCCCUAGACAUACAAGGACUCAAAGAUCGCAAUCGAUUAUCGAACGGACUCAAUCUAUCGCAUCCACAACAGCAUCAAUCAGAAUACCAGUGUUAGCGAAGCGUUACCGUCCACGACCUGUAGAUAUACAGAAGCUGCAUCUAACACAUCAUUCAUUUCCAUCGAAUAUGCCUCCGUACCAAAGUCAGCCGUCACUCGAAGACGAUCUAAGGGACUGGAUGAUUCAGACUGCGGCAAGCGAUCAUCCCCCUGAGAUGGAGCUCAUCCGCUCACCUACAAUAUCAUCGACUACAGGAUCAAUAGCUUCACGACAUGAGAUGAUGCAGGUCCUAGCUAGCAUUUCGAACAUUGAAGAAGUCGACCCAGGAUUGGCAUCGAGCGAUUCAGUUACGCAGGGCUAUUCCAUUGUCGAAGAUGAUGCUAUUAAUUGCCCGCUCCCACCAUCGGCGCCCAACAGUCCGCCUAUGGCAUCAGAAAGUACGAAUACUCCAGACGACACUACGCUGAUAUCUAGUUUCCCACUGCCACCAUUAAAAUCCGGCAGUCUUCCUGUCGCUUCUGGACCCAUUCCCUCACAACAGGAUACUACCUCUGCCGUAACUUCCUUGCCACCACCGCCACAAGCGGACCUUGUUACAGUCGCUUCUGAAGCCGCCCAGACACAGGAAGGUGGACAACCAAACAUGCACCCACGUGAAGACACCACGUUAGCCACAAGCCUACCGCUGCCACUGUCACAACCCGACAGCACACUUUUGCCUUCUGAGGUGCCGUUUCAGCCCCAAUGUAGUACGAUAGUGCCUCAGUACGGCUCAGUGCUGAAACGAAAACCUCUUCCCCCAACCACGGCAGACAACAAACUGAGCCAGUGCUCACCAGCACCCUCGCCAAGACCACUCCACCUUGAGCAGCUUACCGAAGACAGUACGACUCCCAUGUCGCCUCCAGAUAUACAGAGCACCAUCCGAACGUCCGAGCCACCAAGAUAACCCAG